AUGGCGGUUGUUGUGGGCACUUGGCCAUUUAGCUUAGAAGCGGUGAAAUUGAUCUCUAGAAAGCUACGAGAAGGGAACGGAUGUAUUGAUGCACUGGAAAGUGGAAUCAAUUGUAAUUUGGUUGCAAACUUUUUUGCAAGUUUUUUGUCAUGCUGCAGAAAAUAUCAAUUAUUUUAACGUAGUAAUCUAGUUGCGCUCACAAGGAAUUUUUUUUUUCAGUGAUUGAAGACGAUCCUGACACAGGUCUCUAUUUUGUUGGAAGAGGAGGAUUACCUAACUCUAAGGGUAUUUUGGAGUGUGAUGCGGCAGUCAUGGAUGGAGAAACGUGUCGUUUUGGAGCAGUUGCUGCUUUGCAAGGGUAUUAGCACUAGUUUUCCCCAGGAUUGGGGAAGGGGGGGAGGGGUUAUUGACAUUUUCAGGCUUUGGAGAGUCAAUUUUCUCAUCCUUUUUCCCGCUUCUUAUUCCCCAUUGAUAAGUACAUGAAAGGUUUAUAAUUACCUCCGGGCAAUCAUUUACUCAUUCACUCCCAAGACCUCAUAAGUAAUUCUCUUUGAUGUCUGCCGUACAAUUCUUGUGAUGUUAGUUUGGAGAAUUUGGCAUUGGAUAUUACUUUACUUUCAUCACUUUUCUACUUGUUAUUGUAUUGAGUGAGGUCAAAUUCGUGUUGGUCCCUUUAAAGGGUUAAAGAAUGAUGAUUGUUGGCAGGUGAUAUCAACUGAUCGUAAUCAGCAAAGCCAUCUUUAUUAAAUGUUUUGUUUCCUGAUGCCUUUCUUUUGUUAAACAUUCUAUCUGGAAAUUUUUUCUCUUUUAUUUCUAUGCUUUUUUCAAAGAAAGUUGGUUGGUCAGGAAAUGGAAAAGAAAACAUUUUUGAGGACAGUUUAACUGACAAUUAAUCUCCACUUAACCUUUUGAUUAAUUUUCUUUAGAGUUGCAACUGCUUUCUCCGUUGCAAGAUGUGUGAUGGAAAAGUCACCUCAUAGUAUGCUUGUGGGAAGCGGUGCACAGGAGUUUGCUCAGAGUAAUGGGUUCCCUGUGGAAUCAAAUUCAGCUUUACAGACACAGCAGUCAAGAGAAGCAUUUCAGGUGUGCCAAACUUUUGAAAUUUUCAACCCUUAAACCACAAAGACUGACCAGCAUCUUUUUUCUCGUUACAAUGUCAUCCCUGAAUCAAACUUUAAGGUCAUGAGAACAUAGGGAUUGAUCAUCAAUUAAAGAAGCUAUUGAUUGUUAAACAAAUUCUCCUUGUCUGCAACUUAAGAAAUGUAAAGAGAAUAAUGUGGGGAAUAUACAUACUGAUGUCAGGGUGUAAAGUGUUAAGGAAGGAGAUUUUGUAUUGCAGUAGACAUUUCCCUAGUAACAGAAAAAUAUUUAAUCCUUCAACUCCCAGAAGUGAUGCAUAUAACCUCUAUCUGACUGUAUAUACCUACAAUAUCAAUACAUAAUCCAACCUACAGGUAAUACUAAUACCCAUACUUGUAAGGUAGAGGUUUUUAUCUUGGUUUAACUUGGUUUAACACCAAGUUCUUGUAAAUGAAUUGUGAAGAAAUAUAUGUAACUUGAGGGGAGAAUUCACAUUCAGAUCUUGGGAGUUAAAGGGUUAAACAGUUGAUCUGUAUUGUUUUUUCCUGCCCCUCAAGUGUUGAUAAGUUAUUACAAAUAGAUGUAGCUGGCUAAACCCUCCUGUAUAAUUUAGUAAAUUGCAGUUUACAAUCACAGGAGAGCUGGGUUAGGAUUCUCAAAUGAUGAUUUUGCCUUGAAUCGCAGACUCUACAGUCAACUGUCACUCAGUAGAAUGAGUAAGCUAUGCUGACACAGGCAACUAUGAAUCCUGGUUUAGCUUUGUCACUCCCAAGAUCUCAUUAGUAAUUCUCCUUACAUUCUGCCAUGUAAUUCUUUGUUUGUUAGUAGGGAGAAUUUGGUAUUUUAUUAACUUAUAUGAUAUAAACCCCUAAUUGACAAUUUCUUUGUUCUUAUCACUUGCCUGUUUGAUAGUGUAUUGAUAUUGUAAGGAGAAAUUCAGUCUUUAUCAUACAUGGGAGUUACAGUGUGUUAAGCAGUUUUUCCUUAGUCAUUCUAAGCCUUACCAAUGUGCUGAAAAUAAUAAUCCUUGAAAACUUAUGAUUUCCAUCAACAUUUGUCUAUCCUUAGUAGAAAUUUCUUGAGAAGUCAGGUGAAGAAGAAGGAGGCCAUGAUACCAUUGGUAAGGAGUUGCAGCUUUUGAUUAAGGUUUUGAGUAAUUCUUCUUUUGAUUAAAUGGCACAUUUUAUUUCUUUUGUUGAUUUGUUUAGGUUUUUCCCUGCCCCCUUUUUGUUAAAUCUCACAGUGCUUGAAUUCAGUUUUAUUUCUAGACAACGUAGUAUGCUUUAGUACCACUUUUUAGUGGUUUCUAGUCCUUGCUCCACUGGUUUUUCUCCACAUUCUCUGGUUUCCCCCCCCUCCCCUCCCCUUUUUUUUUUACAAAACUGCAAUCAUGUAACACUCCAAAUUACAGUUCACCCUUGUAACAGUGGACAUAAAAAGUUGAUUUUCAUUCAGUGGCUGUGUCAUUUUGUUUGUUUUUGUGAGGAAGAUAUUUGUUAGAUCUGUAAGAAAUUUGUGGAAACUUGAGCUAUGUGCUGAUCAAUGCCUGUUAAUAGCAAUGUUUUUUUUCUUCGAAAGGCAUUUUGGUUAUGGACUCAAGGAGCCAUCUUGUUGCAGGUAACUUUGUAACAUGCAGUGAAAUAGUAGAAUGUGAAUUAUUUUAAAGUCAAUAUCAAACUUAUUUGUACACUGUAUUUUGGAAAAGUUGAUUAUGUAAUUACUGGAAAAAGUUUUGCUGAUCUGAAAUACAGUUUUUAAGUGUUUAUUAUGAUAUUUUUAAAAUGUUCAAGUGCAUUUUAUUUCCACAGGUGUUUCUUCAAGUGGAAUUGCCUUCAAACACCCAGGCAGGGUUGGAGAUUCACCUCUCCCAGGGUCAGGAUUAUAUGCUGAUAACGAGGUGAGUAAAUUGUGAGCAUUCUACAGUGAAACAAAUUGUAGCAGUUAAAAAAAGUGGUAGCAUGAAACUGGAAUAUGUUUUCAACUUGUUGUGCAUGCUGGCUUCUUAUAUCUGAAUAUGCAUAUCUUCUGCUGGUUGAGAUGAAUAUUCCAAAGUUUUCUUUUUCUAUUUUUCAGAUCGGAGCAGCAGCAGGUAUGUUUUGAGAUGGUCAGGACACACCUUUUGCUUGAAGGUGUUUCCAAUCUGCCUAUAAGUCCUGUAAAAUUAAAUGGAGCAGUAUUGCUUCAAAUGAAGUGAAGACGCAGAUUAGAGACUUCUACAUGUAACGGUCUUAAUUUGAUUUGCAGCUACUGGUGAUGGCGACAAAAUGAUGAGAUUCUGUCCUGCUUUUCAUGUUGUUCAACUAAUGAGGCAGGCAAGUAGAUUUGUAUUGUCCAAUAUAGAAAUUGAAGUAAGUAGUAAUCCAAAACCAAUAUGGCCUGGAACUGUUUUACUUGACAAAAAACAUCCUGAUUGGUUAGCUUGUUAUCCACAACAGGGAGAGUUUUUAGUACUAAGGCUAGUGGCACUGUGCAAAUCAACAAUUACAACUUCAGAGCUCUAUGGAAUAAAUAGAGACCCAUGGCUAUAUAGUGAAUUGUUAUUUACAAAUGCAUCAUUGGAAUACUUGACCUUGGGACCUCUGGGUUGUGAGCCAGGUACUCCCAACUCUUAGCUGUGCUCAGAUGCCUCUUCCAGUACACAAAGGGUGUGAAUUGAACUAUUCCUAAAAAAACCAGAAUCUUGCCAAUGUCAAAUGCCCUCUACUAAUUUUGUCACCACUCACAAUGAGUCUUGAAAUCUCCUGUUCAUGACUGCAGUUAAUUAAUUUUAGCCUUAAAGUCUCAUAUCUUUUCAAAAUUCUUUCAUGAACUUUAUCCAAUUACGCACAUCAACUUUGCAUGAUGAGGUUGAUUCCCAAUAGUGUCACCAUUGAAAAAAGUAAAGAGCAGUCUGUGAUCCAACACAAUGAAUGUGAAUACAAGAAAUCUAAGACUUGUAACUAUAACUAGAUUAAUAACUUCACCUAAUUAAGCAUUCUUUUCAUAUCAUAAUAAAUUUUACAUUCUUUAACACUUAAACUCCCAGAGGUGAUUAACAUGUAACUUCUCUAUAUAAUAUCCAUGCAUUAUCCAGCAAGCAGGUAACGAGAAUACCUAACCUCAUCAGUUAAAAGUUUUUAUCUUGAUCUACCACCAAAUUCUUGGUACUAAUUUACAAGGAAAUGUGUGACAAAUAUAGGGAGGGUUAAGAAUCAGAUCUUGGGAGUUAAGGGAAUAAUCUUUCCCUUUCCCCAGCUAAGUGAAUCACAAUUAGCACUUUAUUUCAACCAGGGCCAUUCUCCACAAGAAUCUUGUGAGUUAGUGAUCAAAGAAGCCCAGCAAAAAGCAAGAACAGCUACUAAACCAUUUGAAAUGGCCUUGAUUGCUAUCAACAAAAAGGUAAUGCAGUGAAAAGUUUUGUUACUGUUUGAUUAUUUGUAAUUAACAAUAAAACACAAAAUCUGAGCUAAACCAUACUUUAACCUCAAGGUCAACGUUUGGCAGGGAAUGAGGUUUUCUAGCAGAAAUGAACUGUUAGCUUGUGAGCAGACCCUCAUUUUUAGUGCUUUGGCAUAGGCAUUUCUUCACCUGCAGAAAGAUGUAUGAGGCCUCGAGGAAGGCUUGUGGCCAACAGGUCUGCAAGGGGUCUAGCACUGAUACUGAGUAUUAUUAGAGCCAGAUCCCAGGCAAACUUCUGCGACUUGCCUCAAAUCUUUCUGCAUGCUCAAAUUAAACACUACUCCUGCAGCACUUAUGAUUUUUGGGCACAAUAAAUCAAAGAGUACAAGGAAUUUGUCUACCUGGAUCCAGUUGUUCGAAGCCUCAUCUAAGCACAAACCUAGGUUUAAAUUUUAAUCUAGGUUUCUUAUUCCUUUGCUCCAAAGCCUUUUUCGGAUAAUUUUCUUUAUUCUUUUCAGGGCAUCCAAUCAUCAAAUUGUAUACAUAAGUAGCACUACUGAAUUUUCUUUUAAAGCUUUUAAAUCUGAAUUCAGAUUCCACAGUAACCCCGGGUUAUCUUAACCCAGCUUUGAAAAACCUGGCCGUGAAUUAUUCUUGGACGUGUACAUUUCUUUUUUUUUUACUUUUUUUUUGUAUCUCAAGGGUGAUUUUGGAGCGGCUGGCACUGUGACAUCAUGUAAAGAUGAAAGACAUAAUACCUUGUACACAGGGUUCCCAUUUGUAGUAUGGACUGAAGAAAUGGGUGAACCUGAAAUCAGAGUCCGACCUCCUCUUUGCUUCUAG